AUGAAAUUGAAUCUUAAGGGUUUAAAGGAGGUACCAUGUCGAUCAGACAUUCCUUUAUCAUGUCGAGAGAACGGAUUUCAAGAAAUAUGGAGAGCAGAAGAUCAAGUCAAUCCUUUCUAGAAUGAAAGCAAUAAAAAAAAUGAUCCCAAACCUGAGUACAAAAAAACCUUGCUUAUAAUGGGCUCUGUUAAUAUAUUGGAUUAAUUUUUUCUCCUUUUUUGCUAUCUUUUUAAACUCAUCUUUUCUAAACAUUCUCCAAAAUUUGGAAAGCGAAUAUUUAUUUACCUUUUUUAAACUUUUAAUUCUUAAUAUAAUGGCAAUAGUAAGUUGUUGUUUUUAGGGAAGGUCAAAUGA